UUUUUUUUUUUUUUCCUAUCUUACUUUCCUAGUUCACUCAUUUUGACGGUUUCAUCAAGUUUCUAUUGUUGAAGCUGGUUCUUUUGCAUCGACGCUUGGAUUAACUGCAGAUCGUUUCUUUUGAGUUUGUCUCAACCAUGGCCAUGCUCGAAAUUGUCUACGCUGUGCACAAUUUUGAAGCCGAAAACGAAGACGAAAUUGCAUUUGGUAUAGGUGAACCUAUUGUCGUACUAGAAAAAGACGAAAAAUAUCAAGAUGGUUGGUGGCAGGGUCGCAAUACCAACGGUGAAAUCGGUUUAUUUCCUAUGAAUUACACCUCUCCAAUUAAGCCGACCCAUACAAGCCCAACCAUUCAUCGUACAUCGUAUCAUUCACAGAAAUCCAACAGCAGUACCUCUUCCAGUCGCGUCUACGAUCGCGCUUUGGAAGAUCGCAUCAAUACAAUGUCGAUCUUACAAGACCCACCAUCCAUGCCCAACCAAGUACUCAGUCGUCCUCCUUCAGAAUCAGACAGAUCGAUGACGCCGCCCAAAUCCACCAGCUCACCGCCUUUUCAACCUUCAAUCCAACCUCAAGCUUGGAAUGUUGAGCAAGUCGCCAACUGGCUUGAAUCUGUUGGACUUGGAUUAGUAGCCAAUAAUUUUAUAGAUCAAGAAAUCACUGGUGAUAUCUUGCUCGAUCUGACCAUUGAUACAUUGAAGGAACUCGGCAUUACAACCUAUGGCAGACGAUAUAAAGUCAUGAACGCCAUCAAUAAACUGAAAGCCGAUACAGCUUCUUCAUAUAUACAACCUAAUGAUGUCACAGAUGCCCCAAGGCCACCCACUUCGCCCCCUCUAUCGAAAGAAAGCCCUUCUCCUCGCGUGUCCAUGUCCACUGGACAUCUUCCUGUCAUUUCACAGUCAGCGUUACGUGGGAUUAGCACUUUGGAUGAUUUUGCCAACUAUUUACCUGAAACUCCUCACUCAACUCCACGCUCGCCCAUCGAUUCUGACAGCUUGUAUCAAUUCCCCAGAAAAGCACCGUUGCCACCGCAGGUCGGUCCAGCAACCCUUGAUGAGCCACACCGCCACCCACCCUUUCCGCCGUUUUUGCGUGCGACUAGUCCGAUCUCUUCGCACAGUUUUGGUUCGUCGAGUAUCAGUCGCUCGAAUACUUUCAACACCGAAUCAUCCAAACAAUCCAGUGCUUCCUCAGGAACAGUUCGUAGUCUGGAGAAUCACUCCCCACACAAGCCCAGUAUCCUUUCCCCACUUCGAAAACCAUCCCAAAAGAGCAAUCACUCCAUCGUCAGUCCACAUCCUUCUGUCAGUACCCCGGUGAAAAUGAUUGGACAACCAGACCCACCCCUGAAUGAACUUCCUCUGACCGACAAGUUUGAUUUACCACACAAACAGCCCCACGAUCAUACGCUGUCGGUUGCGUCCUUUGAUUCGACUGCGCAACGUCACAAUUCCACGGCCGACGUAUUUCAAGCACCGGAACAUGAGGGCUGGCUCCAUAAAAAAAGCGAUAAGUACAAAACCUGGAAUAAGCGAUGGUUUGUCCUCAAAGGCACCAAUUUAUUCUACUUCAAGAGUCCAAAGGAUACUCGCAUGAAAGGCAUCAUUAACUUGCGUGGCUACCGCAUUUUUGUGGAUGAAACAAUUCACGCUGGCAAAUACAGUUUCAAAGCACAGCAUGAAAAGGAGAGAACGUUUUUCUUCUAUUCAGACACCCUGGAAACCAUGAGAAUGUGGUUGCAAAUGUUGAUGAAAGCCACCAUCAUGCGUGAUUUUGCUUCCCCAGUCAUGUCAUCCAAUCAAGUAGCUACGGUGUCCUUGGAUAUGGCACGACGUAUGCGGCCGCGACCUCCGUCGGUGAUUAUGUAUAAUAAACCACAUGCCAAUGAGAAUCCAAAGAUGGCCAUGGUGCGUGAAGAAGAAGAAACACGAGGUGAUCAACCAGCUCCUCGGUCAAACCCCACCUAUAAACAAACGCGUGAAUCGGGAAUCACAGAGUAUCCGGCUGAACUGACCAAUGCUAAUCAUGACGACGCGUCCCCGUUGGAUCCCACAGCCCAUAUGCCGGAUUCACCUUCAGCAAUCGAUUACAUUACCAAAGGAUUUCCGGAUAACGAUGAAGAUUUAAUCGAUCCACACCAUAAGCAACCGCCCUCAUCGUCUCUACCUGCAUUGAGCGAUCGCAGCUCCCGAUCGACGUUCUCUACCGAAUCAGGAAAGACGCGGCCUUGGACCAACGCACAAUACAUCGAUUGGAUUAACAGUCAUUUGCCACCCGGCAAACAAGUCGUGGACUUGUCCAGUGCUUUCCGCAAUGGCGACACUCUGAUUUUGUUGCUUGAGUCAUUGAGUCAUAAAACUGUGCGUCGACCGCCGACUCAGAAAGGAGGAUCCGUAAGUAUGAUGAUGCUGGAUAACAUCGUAACGGCAUUCAAGUUCAUGGGUCGCGAAGGCGUGGUCGUGGACGGCAGAUAUACAAUUAAAGAUGUGUUUAGUGGCAAUGAAGAAAAAAUUCUAGACAUGGUGGAUGCCAUCAAGACAUGGGCGGACGGUUUAUCGUUUGAGAAAAAGCAAGAUUCGGUUCCGAUAGAUAAGAAUAGUGGCUGGAGAGGCUCCGCCAUGUUGGAUCAGCGAAUUUCGCAGGAACACGGUUCCAAUGGGAACAGCAUGCUCAACAGUGUUUCCUCCAAUGGUUCCAGUCUAUAUAACUAAAUCCAAACCAUCCCUUUUACGUCCACCUAUAUACAUAACAACUCCAUGACAAAAAUAAAGACAUGCUCCCCCACCCCCCGCUCCCUUCCUUUUUCCUUUUGUAUCCAUCCAUCCAUAUAUACACUCAGUUUGUGCAGUCUGAGUUUGUAUUGUUUUUUUCGUGACUUUUUGGGCGACACAGCGCGCUCGCGUAAAUUUUUUGAACCAGGAAACGCGCUUUGGGAAAUUAAUGCCCCAUCACGAGUUUCUGG